CUGAAAGGAAGUUCCCAGCGAGGAGCACCGGGUAUUGGUCCGCACACGCCGAGCUUUUCCGCCGCCUUUGGGCAGCGAUACAUCCCUUGGUGUGUGUGAUGUGCACCCGCUCUUUCUGAAAUCCGCCGUCCUCAGCUCAAGGACUGUGCCGAAACUGGUCCACAAUGUCUGAACUUUUUAUGGAGUGUGUAGAGGAGGAGCUGGAGCCGUGGCAGAAACAAGUUCCUGAAGUUCACUUGAUAGAAGAUGAUGACGAUGAGCCCAUCUUUGUUGGAGUGCUCUCGAAUAACCAGAAGGAUGGAAAGCCUUCUAACCCUCCGACUCCUCAAAGGAAAAGUGCAGCAAAACAAGAAGUAAAGUGCCCCCCUCCUCAGCCUGCUGUGGUCCCCUCACCAAUAGUGCUGCCAUUGAAUAUACCUGGGAAAACAAAGAGUAUUGUACCAACCAGUCUGACAACAGUAACUCCACAGCCUGUUAUUGUCAAUAAUCAGGGCUUUAUUGUCACUUCUCCACAGUUAACAAAUAGCAGUGACUUUAUUGCCUCUUUUGGGGCCGCGUAUCCCCCAAGACCAUCAAUUACAAUCAUUCCAGCUGGUCAGCAGCAGAUUUUUCAGCAGGUCUCUCCAGCCACAGUCAUACCUGGCGCUGUCCACAGGCCACAGGUGCAACAAAUUAGCAACAAUGUUGUGACACUGUCAAAUGUCCAGAGUCCUGCUGUAUACUCAACACAGCCUAGUCAGCUUCAACCAAACAGAUCCACCUCACAACCUCUUCAGACCUUUUCUAUGUCUGCAAAGGACACCAAUAGCAGAGAUCAGAGCUUACUGAAACGAGGACUGGCACCACAGGAAAUGGACAACGUAGCAAAAAAAUCAAAGCCUGACUUGUCACCACAAAAAGUAGUCAUCAGAGUGGAAAAUGGCAUGGUAAAGAGAAAGUGUCCCAAUUGUCAAGAAGAAAUUCUCACAGAGGAAGCUCUAAAAUAUCACAUGAUGAACUGCCGUGCCAACGGAGGAAGCACAGCUCCAGCGGCCCUGAACACGAACUCAAACAAGCGCAUCAUGCUGGUCGCAGAUUUCUAUUACGGUAACUUUGAGGGAGACGUGCAAAAGAAGGAGGCACAGAAGACCAACACCACCUUUAAGUGCCAGAGCUGCUUAAAAGUUCUCAAGAAUAAUAUCAGGUUCAUGAACCAUAUGAAACACCACUUGGAGCUGGAAAAGCAGAACAGCGAGAGCUGGGAAAGCCACACAACCUGCCACCACUGCUACCGACAGUACAUGACCCCGUUCCAGCUGCAGUGCCACAUCGAGAGUGCUCACAGCCCAAUUGAAUCCUCAACCAAUUGCAAGAUAUGUGAGCUGGCGUUUGAAUCAGAGCAGGUGCUUCUGGAGCACAUGAAGGGAAACCACAAACCUGGGGAAAUGCCUUAUGUGUGCCAGGUUUGCAAUUACAGGUCUUCCUUCUUCUCUGAUUUGGAGACACAUUUCAGGAGCGUCCACGAAAACACAAAAGACCUGCUGUGUCCCUUCUGUCUCAAAGUUCUUAGAACUAGUCAUAUAUACAUGCAGCACUACAUGAAACAUCAGAAAAAAAAGAUCCAUCGCUGUGGAAAAUGUAGACUGAAUUUUCUCACCUACAAGGAGAAAGUGGAGCACAGGACUCAUGUCCACAAGACUUUUAGGAAGCCUAAAGCCCUGGAGGGCCUUCCUCCUGGUACAAAGGUGACCAUUAGAGCUUCCCUCACAGGAAAGUCACCUGCACUGCCGGUGUCCCCUAAGCAACCUGGUUUUGUUGUCAGUACAGAAAGUCUGAGUGUGAAUCAUCCAAUAAAACCUCAUGUUACUGUAUCUAAGUCUAAACCAACCACCUCAGAAACAGGAAAGGCAAAGAUGCCUCAGAGCAAGAAGCAAAACCCUCAGUCCAAGCACAACCUGGCACUCAGGAAUCUCAGUGCUAGCGGAGGGAUUUACACAUGCAUCGAAUGCAACGCACACGUGGACGACUUUUUCUCUCAUUUCCCAAUGGUUUCCAGUUGCGGCGCAUGCAAAUAUCGCACAAGUUGCAAAGUUUCUAUCGGGAAUCAUAUGAUAAGAUUUCACAGCACCAUCACCAAGAACAGAUUUUUGAAAAUGGAUCACAAGAAAAAUUCAUUGGCCUCAAAGUUCACGUUGGUUUGUCUCAACUGUGACCUUCUCGUCGAUGCAUCACGUGGCGACCUGAUGACCAAACAUUUAAACGAUCGGCCGAAUCACGUAUGCAAAGUCAUAGCUGAGAAAGACCUAAAUUCUGCAUGUAGUCCUCCUAAAAGUUUGCCUGCAAAAAUAUUGUAAUUACUGAAUGUUUAAGCAGCUUGGGCCCAUCCAUAGGUUUUCCUGGUGUUUUGUAUUAAUUAGGAUAGGAGGAAGAGGAUCAAGGAAGUGAGAGGCAGUCAAAGUGUUUUGGGGUUUUAAUGUGUGGUUGCUACUAUUGUGUAUGUGCUUUUUAUUUCCUUUCAUUUUUUAUUUGUAAUGAACCUCAAAGCUGCUCCCUUUAUAUAGAGUCAGGUUGCUGUGCAGCAAGUGUAAAAAUGUUAAAGUGAUGUAGCACAUAUUUACCUUGAUCACCUGCUGGUUUUAAGUAAGUUUAUCAACACUAAGACAUCUGAUUUAAACCAUUAGGAAAAUACGUGGAAUGUUUUUUUUGGGGGGGGGGGUUCCCUCCCCACAUGGAAAGUGAUCUCAGCUCUGAAAGGUUUGCGUUUUAAAGGUGAACAUAACCUGAAUAUUUUAGCAUUGAGUGAAAGAUUAGGUAGAUUUCACUGUGUUAACUGAGUUGACAGCUCCAGCUUA